CAGCAUAAUAGGGGUAAAAAACAUUAAAAUGACCAAAAUAGGAGCACUAUUGAAAGUUGAAACUCCUAUCACCAGCGUGUUAUUUUGAUCGUGUAUUGCUAAUCAAUCUUCUAAUUCUUGACCGCGAAAUCUGGAGGAACCCUAGCUGCAAUUUUGCCGAAUGAAUCUUCCUAUUAUGUUGACUAGGCAGAGAACACGUCCAAUGAGUGUAAUUCUCGAGAAGAAUUCCGCAAUGGAGGAUGAUGAUAUUCUGGAUGAAUGGCCGCUUAUCAAGAGUGCAAGAAGUUCUAGGUGUACAAAAGGUUGUGUGAUGAAGAGACUUUGGUUGGGAAAACAUGGCUUAAGGUCACAUGCUUUUGUAAUGUGUGGGUGGGUGCAAAAAGUAUUGAAGAAGUGGUCAGUGCUUCAGAUAUGGCUGAAUUGAAGGAUUCUGCAUUUGGUUUUUUCUUCAAACUUGGGGAAAUAAAGUGGGUUAAUGGUCAAUUGUUGAUUUUAUUAGCUUUAAAUCAUGUGGAACCCAUUGAGAGGAGUGGAGAGGUAGAUAGACUAAAGUUUCACAUCGGAGAUAGAAUAGUGGAGUUUAAGAAGACAGAUUUCACUUUGAUUACUGGGAUGAAGUUUGGAAAGGAUGCUGAGUAUGGGGAUACUGACUGGAAAAGGCAAACGACAUCAGCACAAGGAGCAGUUUGUGGCCUAGGGCAUUACGUUGGGAGACGGGGAUGCGCCCGAGGCAUGACCUGCUGGAGGGUUCAAUUUUCGGCACAGAAGAGGAAAGUGUUGAAUAGAAAGAGAUCGUUGCAACGACAUCGGAGAAAAAAACUGAAAGGACAGCUACAUUGGGGAAGUGUGGGCUCAACGAAUCAGGAGGAGAUAAAUGUACAGCAAAAGGAGAAAAGAAAGGUUGUGAUCCGGAAGAGGGCAGAGGGGAAGAAGACGGAGAAGAAGACAGACGGGUCACGUGGCGGUAGUUCAAGAGGUACACCAAAGGAAGGGCAAAAUGUUUUGGGAGAAGCUCGGGAGAAUGAACCUUCGUUGCGAGAUAUAAUGACAGCAAUAGUGCUAAUGGAAAAGAAAAACAUCAAGAUGCGCACUGAAGUGACAAAGCUGCGGAUAGCAUUAAAUGCCCAAAGCCGUCUCCUGAAUAGGUAUAUAUCAAUGAACAGAAUGGGUAAGCGUUGGCAUAAGAGUAAAAAACGCACAACAGAAGAUAACGCCAUGCCAAGCUUUGAUUUGGGGUUUGAGAGUGAGGAGAAGAAAGAAGCCACAGAACCUGAUGUCGACGAUGGCGUUUUAGACGAGGGUAUCAAUGCGGAUGUUGAGAUAGGGACUCAACAGGUUGCGUUUGGUAAUGAUCUUCACGAUCCAUUGAAUGAGAUAAGUACGCAAGAAGUAGAAGGCAUAUGGUUGAAGGCUGUAGAUACAUUGGGCCUGGGGAAACAUUCUGAGAAGAAUGUAGACAAGGAGGAGUGCGAAAAGGGAUCAACGAACAUGGGAAAUAAAAUUGAAGAAGAUGUUGCAGGGUUCACCGACAAGUUCGAGACAGCAUCACAACUUAUAGAGGCAUUGCAGGAUUUACCACCGGAAGCAAUUUUUUUCCCAGUCAAGGAGAACCCGAUUGAGAAUGAAAAGAAUUCAACACCCAUCCUUCAACCAUAUGCCUUCUACUUCUUGCGUACUUAUCUCAUUCAACGGAUCGUGAAGAUCAUUACCAAACGCAACCUGUUGGGUCCCUAUUUCAGCAUCCACAUUGAUACCCUCGUCCGAAAUGCCAUCGUCGACAUCAGCACUAUUGCUGUCAUUAUAUCUCGCAACGAAGGUGAGAUUGCUUGUUCUGUUAAUGACCCUGGAAUUGACUGUUGUGGUAAUGACCUGGUGUUGAGGUCGGGAAAUAGCUUUGAUCUGCUAAGGGCCGUGUAUGAAGUGGUUCAGGAUUCUGAGGAUGAUGAUGAGGUGGCGAAUGAAGAGCCAUGUACACAGAUUGUGCACGACCAGAAAGGCAUCGGGGCGCAAGUACUGGGCCAGGAGGAUGUGCUUGACCCAAGUGAAUAUAAGGUUCACUAUGGCGAAGAAGACACGUUAACAAAGACCUGGUACUACGACAUAUUUUUCCCCUGGGGAUGGCUUUCAGAUAAGCACGUAGAUGUCAUAUUCUACUACCUUAGAAUGAAAGGAGUAGAGUUUGGGUUGGAGCAACGGAAGUUGCAGCCGUUUCUGCCAUGCCUCCAAAUGUUCCUACCUAAGAUAAUGGAUAAGUUGGGCGUGUAUGACGGACGAGAGGAAGGUCCAAUGGGAGAUGAUGCCCUAGCGGUUGAAGCUGGAUCGUGCUGCCCCAAGCAAAACGACGGGUCAAGUUGUGGGAUGUUCGUGGUGAAGAUGGCUGAGUUACUGAUGAUGGGGUGCGAUGUGGGGGAUAUGGAUGAUCAUGAAAUUGUCGCAUACAGAAAGAAAAUGACAGCGGAGUUGUUGGCAUACUCUGCUGUCUAGCCUUAAGGACUAUUUUUACUUGAGAAUAAUGCCCUAGUCGAAGACCUGUUUUAUGGAUAAUAUGCAUCUAUUAUCCAGAAUUUUGCUUUUGAAACUAGACAUUCCAAUCAUGUGGUCGUAUUUUGAUAUAUUUGUUGAAGGUAUUUCACAAGUUAUGGACAUGCAUGGUUUGAAAAUAUUGAGAUUCGGUUUUUUAAUUGAAGUACUUAGCGUAUUUGGAUGAAAGUAUGGUUGUGGUGUUUACGUUCUACGCACAUUAGGAAUGCAUACAAAAGUUGUGUAGAUUUAUUUUAGUAUUGUUAUUUUCAUUACUUUUCAUAAUAUUUUCUAAAUAGAUAGGGAAACAACUAAAGGAUAGGGACUGGG